UAGAAGAAUGAGCGGAGUGGGAAGUAGUGCAAUCACCAUUUUUUUUCCGCUAGUUUUUUUUUCGCUUAUCUCGAUCAUAUAAAAGGUAGUUUUACUCAUAUUUCAGAUAACUAAACAAUGGGGAAAUUUCCACAUUCUAUGGAAUAAAAUGACCAUAUUCAAUUUCUAUUUGUUUAAUCGGGAUGGCGCAUGCGUACUGUAUAAGGAGUGGAAACGGGAAAAGAAAGCAGUAAUGUCAAUGGAACAGGAGUUGAAACUGAUGUAUGGGAUGCUGUUAUCAUUACGCUCAUUUGCUUUGAAACUUUCGACAGCUGCUGGAAUUCAACAAGUGAAUAGUUUUGAAACUAGCCAAUAUAAAUUAAAUUAUCUAGAAACACCUACUGGAUUGAAAAUGGUUCUUAAUACGGAUCCGAAUGCAGCCGGUAUUCCAGAACUUAUGCGUAGCAUUUACCAGGCAUAUGUUGAUGGAGUGAUAAAAAAUGUGUUAAUUGAAAGCAAUGUGCAAUCCAGCAAUGAAAUUUUCAAUAGCCGACUUGAACAACUAAUUCAAAAGCAUCCGGCAUUUUGAUUAUAUUCAACAUCAUUUCUAUUUAGAGAAGCAGCAUGAAUGGUUGUGAUAUAUUGUACUAUAAUGUAUUACAACCAAUUCUGCGAAAUUCUCUUGGCCUGCGAUCAAAAGCCCAUGCAAAAUAGAUUUCCUUUGUGUUGAAAAUAUUGGAAUAUAUCUUGAAAUGCAUGUUAAAGUAUUGGAAACCAUACGUAUUAUGAUUGAAAUGUUGUGUAUCUGUAUUAUUAGUUAUUGUUUCAUAGUUUUCUUCAUUGUAUUCUUGUAAGUAUGAAUUCAGACAUAACGAUGUGCUCACAACAAGUUUUGUGCUAUUUUAUUUUUUUACUUCAAUUAUACAAAGGUACAAACAUUGAUUCAUUGGUCAAGUUAUACAC